AUGGAUACAGAAGAAAUCGUCUGCGUCCACGUAACCCUCAAGUUCGUAAUCUUUAAGAGUAUAGAAAAAAAUGAAAGUAGCCUCUGCGACAACUUCAUUAUCAACUUGGCGGAGGCCAAUGACAUCGAGGCAUUCAACAAGUCGAAGCAGUACUUUAUACAAAAAUUUCAUCAAAUAUUAAGGAAGAAGAAAAAAAAUGAAUACGAAUGUCUGCUCAAUGGAACCAUAACCGAAAUUGCAACAUUCCUCUCCCAACAUAUGGAAUUGUACAUACAGAUUAGCAAAGUGAAGUAUGAAAUAGGUGAACAGAGUGACGGUGACGGCUUGGCAAGGGUUGAUACAGGCGGGGUGGACGAGGACGGGGUGGCAGCAGACCAGGCAAACGCAGAAAGGAAAAAGCACCCACUACUUGCCAACCAGAAGAGAGAACCAAACGGACCAACUAGCCAGGGGAGAAACAAAAUACACCUCCUAAAAAGCGUAGACCUAGUAGAGGACGACAUUCAAUUUAAAAACGGACAGAUAUAUUUCAAGUGUUUAUUUAAGGAUCUGCUAAGUGACGACUUUGAAUUUAUCCAUCAUAACAAGUACGAGAAUAUUAGUAAUUUUUACGUGAGCAACGAUUUUAUUUUUUCCAUUUCGGUAAAGUUUGAAGAGUGCAUGUUAAAGAGGAGGGACUUGGAGGGGUGUGGCAAACGGGGGUGCGGUUCCGAUCACGGCGACCUGUAUUACGCCCCGUGUUACGACCGCUACGCGUGUGAACCCGUCGACAAACGCGCACGGAAGUACUGGCAUCUAGUGAAUCUCUGGCACAUGACCAAUUUAUUCUACCUGCACAUCAACUUUAAUACAUAUGAGGAGAGUUUUUUUCGCCAAAAUUGUGUGGAAGUUACCGUGGGGGACAUGCUUCAAAAUCUUUCACUGAAGGAUGACCAUGAUGGUAGCACCAGUGGGGCGAAGAGAAACGAAUCUGGUUUCGCUUCACCGGGGGGGAGAGACGCUGAUAGAAUUAAUGAUAAUCGGCGUGAUGAGGAUGACAACUCUCCAAUGGGCUGUCACUUUUCAUUGAUCCUAAUCGACCAAGUGGAAGAACUCUAUGAUUACUUCCGCCUCAACGACAUACACAUUAUUUUUAAUAAGAUCAAGUUGGAGGUAGAAAGGAAGGGAGUAUUUUUUUCCCAUCAUAAAAAAAGUAGUAACCUGUGGAUUCGUUACAAAGACAUGGAAAGGAUGACAUGUCAAUUGAGCACUCAUAGUGGGUCUGUCCCAUCGUUAAACUUUCAAGCCACGAUCAUGUCUAUUUGUGUGCGUGCUCGGGGGGGAGAACAAGGUGGGGAGAGGCUUAUCAAUUCUUUGAGGUGCAGAAGUAGCGGUGGUGAAUUUAAUGCGAAUGGUAGUCAAAGUGGCCAUGGGACCGACAGUAGCAUAUCCCCCCAUCCGCGUUACACGAAGGAGAAGUACCGCCACGAGGGUGGAAGCAAUUCCCCCCGUUGGGAGUCCGGACUUUACGCGCACAAGAAGGAGGUGGACUCCCCCAAGGAUCAAAUCCUCAAGUGGAACUUGUUCCUCUCCGUGGAGCGUUGCCACAUCCUGGAACUGAGUAAUAUUUAUGCAGAAAAAAGGAAGACCCGGCAGAGCGACUUUUUCCUGAAGAUCGAGUCGGGUCUGCUUGAUCGAUGCUUCGUGUCUUCGUUCUACCCCUUCGAGGAGAAUCGGCAGAUCGAGCUGAAGAAUUGCCACGUGAGCCACGACCUCCAGGUAAAGGAUUCAGACCCCUGCGACCAACUCGAAGGCCAAACGGUGCACUUCCAGCUGGCUCUGCGCGAAGAGGACCCUGAAGCAGAAGGUAUCCAAAGCGACCCGAACGAAUGUAUUCGCAGCGGAAUCAACAUCGGAGUGGGGGAUUUCCCCCUCAAAAACGUAUCCAAGGAGUUGAAGGCUACACUGAUGAACGAAGGGGGAGUACCUCCCCAGAGAGAUUACUACCAGUUUGAAUUUUGCGUUCCCCUCUAUUUACACGUUUUUAAAGAGAAAUAUUUAACAUCAGAGUUGAGUGUGCAUGUAUUUUUGAGCGCACGGCAAGGAGGGGGUGAUCAAGUUGGAGCAAAGGUUGGAUCUCCACAAGAGGAAGUGCUCACACCAGACCAGAGCGGAGAUCAUCUGGUUAAAUGUCCACCAAAGAAUGAAGCCAUCCCGUGCAACAUCUAUGAAUUCAAGCUGUGGAAAGAAGAGGAGGAAAGGAGAAUGGCGGAGAUGCUAAAGAGAAGGGAACAGAAUGUGAUGAAAAAACUGAUAAAAAGGUAUGAAGCCAUGGAAAGGGAAAGAAAAAACGAAAUUGAAAAAAAAAAAAACGAAUUAAAAGAAAUUAUAAUCAAAGUAAAGGAAGAACAAAUAAAUGUAAAAAAAAAUGAAAAUCUUGUGAAAAUAAAAGACAAACAAUUAAAUGACGAAAUAUAUAUGCUGGAAAAAAAAUUAAAAAAAAUUAAACACGCUUAUGAAAAGUCAUUGGCCUAUUUUAAGCAAAAGUUAAGGAAAGCUCAUUUAGAGGAAAGUCUCGUAAAAGAGAAUGAUCAGCUUCUUUCCAGUUAUAAAAAUGCUCUAUCAAAGGUGAAAAAAUUAAGUAAGGAAAAUGAAGAGAUGAAGAGCAUUUUGGGCAAGUACAACAGUAGGGAUAAUGCCAUUAUCAGCAAAACGUACUUUGAGGAGCUCAAGGACGAACUGAAACGACUGAAGUUAUUUCAGCAACAAACGGUUCUGUCCCGCGAUCGGGCGGGAUACACACAUAACGGGGAGGAUGCACAGGGGGGAGCUACACAUAACAACAGCUACAUAAAAACCGUGCGGAAAAACAGAAAACGAAUUAUUCAGCUCAUUGGGAAUUUCGUUCCACAGAUAGAACAAAUUUAUGACUUGACGAAUGACGACUUGUUGGAGGAAAAGGUUCGUUCCAUUUUGAGGGAUGUACAGGAGGUCAGGCUGAUUCUGCGGGCCGAGGUGAAGGAGUUGGACCGGGCAUCCCCUGAAGACUGGCUCGGAGAUUCAUCAGAUGGAUUGGCAGACCUGUCAGUAGCCCAAUCACUAGACCGGAUAGAAGACCGCGUAGUGAGUCAGUCCCCCAACAACCAGUACAUGGACGCAUACACAGUAGAAUUACCGGAGGAAGCAUUGGCCAUCCGCACAGACCCAUCACGAACUCUGAGGAGGAAUCCACUACGGAAGGCGCCCCCGCUAGGAAGGCACGCAAGUUUGGUUAAGCACCCUAAGGGGAAGAACCCACCCCCCCAGAGGAGCCUUUUAAAAGGCAAAGGGGUACACAUCCCCUCCAAAGGGAUAGGUGCUCCUUUCAGGGAGGCGCUUCCACACGCCAAACUUCUAAGUGAGAAACGCGAACACGCCCCCCCAAAGGAUUCCGCCCCGAUCUCACAAACGGAUGGAUUUGCAAAAAGGGACAAGCCAAGCGAUAAUGCAAAAAUGAUCGAAAAUUUAAAAAGAGAAAUAAAGCGACUCAUCGAAACAGGAAUAUAUAAUGAGGACGACACUAUUAUAAAAAACAUGAAGAAGAAAUUAAACGGGCUACUUUGA